CAGUUCCGGCGACGCUUGGGAGCUGACCUCUGCAGAGCCCAGUGCAGCCCAGCGGAGCACAGCACAGGGAGCGCAGCGCAAUGGAUAGUCGGGUGCAGCUGAUAAAGGCCCUUCUGGCCUUGCCCAUCCGGCCCGCGACGCGUCGGUGGAGGAACCCGAUUCCCUUUCCCGAGACGUUUGACGGCGAUACCGACCGGCUCCCGGAGUUCAUCGUGCAGACGGGCUCGUACAUGUUCGUGGACGAGAAGACGUUCUCCAGCGACGCCCUGAAGGUGACGUUCCUCAUCACGCGCCUCACGGGGCCGGCCCUGCAGUGGGUGAUCCCCUACAUCAAGAAGAACAGCCCCCUCCUCAACGAUUACCGGGGCUUCCUGGCCGAGAUGAAGCGGGUCUUUGGAUGGGAGGAGGACGAGGACUUCUAGGCCGGGAGACCCUCGGGCCUAGGGGCGGGUGCUCUGGGGAGGGUCCGCUGCGUCAGUCGCCGCCGCCAAGGUGGUAACCGACGCCCUCCCGCCGCACCUCCCUCCCCACAUCUCGAGUCGCCUGGAUCUGCCCUGCCUUCCUGUCCCCUCCUGCACUGUGCUUGCCUUUGUUCCAGCAAUAGCACUCCAGGCUGGCGCUGCUGCCUCUGGGCCUCGCUCUGGAGUUCGCUGCCGCCCUCUCCUGCCAGCCGAGCCCCUCCCAUGCACAUUUGGACGCUGUCCUGUGCUCCAGCUGCAAGCUGGGGUCCUGUUACACACUGGACAGACCACCGCAGCUGGCCGCUGCCCGCCGCCCCCCUGCCAGAUUACUGCGUCUUUCUGCCCACACACCUGCGCUGUCGCUGCUACUGCUGUCGCUAUCCACUGCAUCCCACUGCCAGACUGCCGCUUUUCGUGAUCUGGACUCACCUCGAAGGUAUCUGAGCUGAAGGGACCAGCCAACCUUUCACUUUCAGCAGGGCCCAUUGCAUCCCUACUCCUAGAAAACUCUUGUGUUCCUGCCAGAUGGUUGUCAGGGCCCAAGUGUGCCUGGUGGCCAAAUCCAGUCACUCAUUUUCUCCUGUGGAAGAGUUAGUUUUGCUCAGAAUUCAUUUCUCUUCUCAGUUUGCAGCUGUCUCUGAUGUGUGCCUUUUGUUCAACACAAGAACUCCUGCACUCUGCCAUGUACAAAUGUUUUUUCCUUAUUUUCAAUAAAUGUCAGACACUAUUGAAAAAGAAUUGAGUCUCAAUGAAUAUGGCACUUUUCCCUCCCUUGUCCUGUAAAUGAGAACUGUAUCUUAUUCAAAAGCUGUGUGCCAGUGGCUG